CCGAAUUAAGAGAAAAACUGCUGGCAUUGCAGUAAUUUCGAAUAGAUCGAAAAAAGCGAAAUAAAAAGCGAAAGUAAAAUCAAAUUAAUAACUAUGAAUCCGAUAAAUAAUAAACUUCCGCCAAUUGGCUCGGAGCGAGCUGAACGUUUGACUGCCAUGCAAGCUCCAAAUCCAAACAUGCCACUAUUGCAGCAGCAGCAGCGUCACGUGAAUCACCUGAGUGACGAGGACAAAGCCUGGCUGCGCUCGAAGCGCGAGCUUCAAUUUGAGUGGGAGCAUCAGCAGCAGUUCGAAAAAUACUGGAAGCUUAACAACCACGAGGGCAGGGAGGAGGAGACGGAGGAGACGCAACGUUUCGGUGGUAAGAUACCAGAAGCAACACAUAUUAAUCGAAUGCCAAAUCAGCAGCUGGAAAUGGCACCACAAGCACCACAAGCACCACAAGCAGUACCAUUUGGAUUUUACAUGGUUUCACCGCAAAUAUGGUUGCAUCCUGGAUACGGACACGCCUAUAACUGGAACUUAUGGCAACCGCCAAAUUACAACCAUUACACCAAUUAUGUUGCUUAUGAGAAUAUCCAUUUCCCUAACUUUUAUGAAAAUCAAGGCAAUUUCGAUAACCCUGGUGCAUAUUUCCCACAUUUCCAAUAAUCAUAUAUUACAAAAAGAAAAAAGAAAAGACAGAAACAGAAAAAGAAACAGAAACCCACAAUUGAUGGAUGGAAUCGAGGUUUUGAAAUUACAACCUAUAGCAAACUAUAUGUUUGAACACACAUAUAUAUAUAUAUAUAUAUAUAUAUAGAAAACAGAAGACACAUCGCAGACAUAAGACUGUCGAUUUUAUGGCGACACUGCCAACAUAAAAAACCACACUCCUUUGUAAGCGGAUUGAAUUCGUUAUCAGAAACAAAACAACAAUACAACAGCCUUAACAUAAUAAAUAAAGCACUAAGAAUGAA